GCUCCGCCGCCGCCCCGCGCGGUCCGGCCGGGGGAGGGCGCCCGGGCGGCCCCGCCAUCUUGGAUGGAGCGCGGCCUCCUCCCGCCGCAGUGAGCCCGGUCGACGGGGCCGUCGUCGCCCGGGAGGCUCGGGGAGUAACGGAGAGGGUGCUCCCGUUUCCCCAGCAGGGCCGCGGCCGCCGUAGCCCUGCCGGGACGGGAGCGGCGGCCCCUUGGGUCUCCCGGGUGAAUCGGCGGGGAAAGCGAGGCGGGCGAGGGCGCAUGUGUUGGCGGGAGGAUCGGGGGCACGGUUUCGUCCAAGCCAGAGCCUGGAUGGGAAGGCCCGGGAACUCCCCGGGAAAGGGAGGGGGCUGAACGGUGCUUGCAGGCAGCGGGCUUCCCUCCGAGUGACCCCGGAAGGGAAGGGAACCGCCCGCGGAGGCCCCUCCGCGCACCGCUCUUCCCCCGAGAUGAUGGGGGAAGGGAGCAGGGAAGGCCGAGUGGCUCCCUGCCGCCCCCCCCACUGCUCCCCUCUGCCCGAAGGGCUUUCCUGGAAAAUCCUUUUGCUCUUAGGAUGAUUGGCGCUGCCUCUUAUAAUGUCGAACUUUCUUAUUGGUAACAGUUGUGUUAUCUGUUAAAGUCACUGGCUUUCAUGAUUCCGAACCCCCAAAACUUUUUUACACUCUAGGUUAAAGCAUGGUCUGCUGGAUUGAAGCAGAGAAAAUAGCCUUUGGGUUUCUUUUUGUGAAGAUGCAGCCAUUGGCAUCUGCUGCGGGCCAUCUGUGCCCUUUCUUGGCCUGCCUGUAGUUGGGCAAACCAAAGCUUUAAGCAAGGAGUGCAACCAUGCCAGAACCAGGGCAUCUUUCCGGAACAGAACAGCUGGUGGGCACUCAUGACAGUGGUCUGUUCCACCUGCUACUAUUUUCCCUCUCUAGUUCCACAAUGGCAGAGCUUUUCAUGGAAUGCGAAGAGGAAGAGCUUGAACCCUGGCAACAGAAAGCAAACCCCAUUGUUGUUGAUGACGACGACGAUGAUGACGAGCCUAUCUUUGUUGGGGAGUUCUUGAGCUCCAAACCAACCAAUACCUAUAUAUUGAACAGAGUUAACACGAAUUCAUCACGAGUUGGAGUGCAGAAUGGUGCCCCCAAAAGAGGUGCUGUGGCUGUUUCUCCAGGGUUUCACUCUUCAGGCAGACCUGCAACUAGUACCCUAGCUGUUCAGCCACAGCCACGCAUCAGCAGCAUCUCAGGAUCGUCUCAGGUCUUGCAGAAGCCACUUUCAGAAUGUUCGUCACCGCAGGAAGCUAAACCCAAUGCUGGGAUCUCCCAGCCUGUCAAUAUAUCUGCCCCUACCCAGUCCUUGUCACGGAAUCUCCAUAUUCCUACGUCAGCGCCAUCUACGUCCAGGCCGGUGGCCACCGUAACAGCACAGCCUAUUGCACUGAACCGGGUGACCCCAGAUAGAACUUCGGGCCUGACCUUUGGCGUAAGGCAGAAUUCAGGAGGGUCACAAUACCAGAGUGGAUCACCCAUGAACAUGGCAGGCUUGUCCAAGCGUCCCUCCGCUUCUGAAGCCAGUAGUAUCAUUCCCAAAAAGGCCAAGGCUAAUGAAACAGGCUCUGAGAGUGAGUCACCUCUCCUCUCCUCCGUUAAACCUCCAGAUGACCUGGUCCUCCAUGAAAAAGACGCUGCUUCAAGUAAUAUUAAGAAUGGAGCCCCUUUUCCACAGGCAUGCCCAAAAUGUAAUAUUCAUUUUAACCUUUUGGAGCCUUUGAAAAAUCAUAUAAAGUAUUGCUGUCCUGAAAUGGUGCAUGCCUUUCCGGGAAUAACCAAAAUGGAUUGCUCAGGUAUAUCACCUAAAAUUGCUGAAGCAGAAAAAGGAAAAUUGAUCAUGUUGGUUAACGACUUCUAUUACGGCAAGCACGAGGGGAACCUCCAGCAGGUGCGCCAGGAGCAGAAGACCCACACGACUUUCAAGUGUGCCAGCUGCAUGAAAGUCCUCAAAAGCAACAUCAGAUUUAUGAAUCACAUGAAGCAUCAUUUGGAGCUUGAGAAGCAGAACAGUGAGAGCUGGGAAAGCCACACCACCUGCCAGCACUGCUACCGUCAGUUUCCUACCCCCUUUCAGCUGCAGUGCCACAUUGAAAGCACCCACACGCCUCACGAGUCCUCCACUAUUUGCAAAAUCUGUGAACUCUCUUUUGAAACUGAGCAAGUUCUGUUGCAGCAUAUGAAAGACAAUCACAAGCCUGGGGAAAUGCCUUAUGUCUGCCAGGUUUGCAAUUACAGAUCGUCAGCAUUUUCGGAUGUGGAAAAACACUUCAGAUCCAUUCAUGAAAACACAAAGAACCUGCUUUGCCCAUUUUGCCUUAAAGUUAUUAAAAUUGGGGCACCUUAUAUGCACCAUUUUAUGAGGCAUCAGAAAAAAGGAAUACAUCGCUGUACCAAAUGUAGACUCCAGUUCUUGACCUGCAAAGAAAAACUGGACCACAAAUCUCAGCAUCAUCGGACAUUCAAAAAACCUGCACAGUUGGAGGGCUUGCCUCCAGGAACCAAAGUUACAAUUAGAGCUUCUGCUGGAUCUCUUCAACCUGCCUCUGUGACAGCGUCCCCUGCAAGCACAAACACGUCCACCUUGCUGUUGUCUCCUGGAACCAAAACAGCAAACAGCAAAGCUCAGAACAAGCUGACUGCUAGUUGCAAGGGAAAGUCCAAGCUGAAGCCGCUGAGCGUGCAGAAGAAGCAGGUCCUGGGGACGAGCAGCUGUGAGGGAAGCAAGAACAGCAGCGGUGGCAGCAGCAGCGGCAGCAGUGGUGGUGGUGGUGGUGGCGGCGGCGGCGGCGGCGGCAGCAGCAGCAAGAAAACAAAGGUUGCAAAUACAGCACUAAAUAACCUCAGGUGUCCUGAUAUUCAAAAAUGCAUUGAGUGUUACUCAGACAUCCGGACUUUUGCAAGUCACUUCCCGGCGUAUGUGCGCUGCAGUUUGUGCAGAUACGGCACCAGUUGCAGCAAAGCUUAUGUGAACCACAUGAUGGGCUUUCAUAGUGCUCGUCAAACUAAAAGAUUUUGGAUUUAUAAAACGCAUUCAGAUGAACUGAGGGGCACCACUGUGGUUUGUCUUAACUGCGAUUUCCUGACAGAUGUUUCUGGCUUGGACAAGAUGGCCACCCACCUUAAUGAAAGCCUGACUCAUACUUGUCAAGUGAUUGUAGAACGUGUUCCCUUGGAUUGCUUCACUCCUGCUGAUAUUUCUGGCCUAGCAAAGGAUGCAUUAUUGAAAAAUGAAAUUGAAGAAAAGUCAGAGAAGCAUUUGGUGCCCCCUAUAUGUGACGAGCAAGGAAAAGCAUUUAUUUCAGAAAGCCCACAGAUGAAAGAGUCUGUGAGAGAAACAAAUGCAGAUCUUCCUGGAAAGCAGAAUACUGACAUUGUUUUAGCUGCUGACAGUGAAGGAACUAAAAGCCCAGUUCCAGAAAAUGGAUUUAGUUCAACAUCUGAAGCCUGCUCUCGGAGUCCUGCAAGAAGAAGGGCACUGGGGGGCCUUGGAAACCAGCAGGAGGAAAGUGUGCCAAUGAGUGGAUGUGAAGGAAAACCAUCUCCUCUUGAAGAAGACAAUCCAGUUUCUGCCCCAGAACCUGAAGCCUGCCCAGGAAAAAGCAAGGCCACCAGCCCUGAGAAGCAGAUGGAUGAAGACCUUUCCGAUGCACAAAAGGAAGGCCCUGUGUUGUCAGCUGCAGCCACUUCAGAACUCCAUAGCUGUUCCACAGAUAGCAGCAUAAAGGGUUCCGCACAUCCAGAAAGCCCCAGUCUCAUAGCUGCUGAAAGCAAAGCCAGUUUGCCAGUUCCAGAAGGUGCUUGUAGUUCUGAAUUGAUAGGCAGUCCAAGUAGGGUGGGUCUUGGGGAAGACUGCUGCCCCAGUCAGAGUGACCUUGGCCCUCUAGCUGCUGAGCAUGAAGGGAGCACCACUGCUCCAGAAAGCUCCUCUGGGUUGGAACUCACAGCCAAUUCAAGCGAUUCCACAGUACCAGACGCAGCAAGGGAUGCAGACAUUCUGAGAAACAAAAGUAAUGUUGGACUUUUAGUUUGCAGGCAUGAAAGGACAGAAGACGCCUUUGCUUUAGGCGAGUCAGCUCAUUCAGAUAGCUCUGCAGAUCUUACAGGCGAAGGAGAUGAGGACAGAAUUGAAGAUGGGGACAAGACCGUGUCUUUAACUGCACAGUGUGAAGGAACUAUUUCUGAAUUGGUUGGAAACCAAUCCUGCAUUGCUGAACUUUGCACCUUUUCAAAAGGCUCUCUGACCGGAAUGAUGAGGGUUCCUCUUCAAAAUCCAGCUGCAGAUGAGCACGAAGGAAGUCCCUCUUCCUCAGCUGUGAAAAAUGGUACUACUCCAGGAUUGCAAGGAAAUGUGUUGGAGAGCUCUUGUGAAAAGACAGUUUUUGACAAGCAAGGAGAAGCAGAACCAACCGAGCUUGGAAGCAAUAAAAGCAGUGCUUGUUCAGAGUGGACUGGCUCUGAUGUCCAGACAAAGGUGGCCAGUUUAGAGGAAGCUCAGCUGGCAGAUGUGAACAUGGAUUGUACUCCUUUGGCAUCCAAUGAUGAAGAGGUCAGCUUUGAACAGUUUUUGCGAAGAAGAGGAGAGCCUGACUCUGCCCAUUCCGAUGCAAGCGAGCAAGGCAGCAUUCAUUUGGAGCCACUGACGCCCUCCGAGGUGCUGGAGCACGAGGCCACUGAGAUCUUGCAGCAGAAGGGAGGCGUCCCGGCCUCAGCCAAGAAAACCGGGCUCGGCUCUGAGCCAGCUGACCUUCCUUCUGGAGGUGGCAGCCCGAGCCAUGAGGACUUGUCCAGUAACCAGGAGGAAGCCAGCAAUGAAACCAGUUGAAGGAGGGCUUUGCCUUGACAACACACAGAUUGUGAAAGAUGAAACAAAUGAGGCAGGGAUGCCGCUUGCCUGUUGCAAAUUAGGUAGGCAGAGAGCCCAGAAGAAGACAAUAUGUGAAGCCGGAGGAUUCAAAGUAAGGGUUCUUACAGAAGCCACUUUUAAAAAAAAUAAAAUGACUACCAGAAGAACACUCAAAGGGAAACCCUGGGCUGGGGGUUGCAUUCCCAUCCCAUCAAUGGCAACAGUUUGUUUGGGUACUUCUGGAUCGGUGUGAUCUUACAAGAAGCCAAGUUCACCUUAAAACUUUCAAUGAAAGUGGAUGAUUAUAAAUAUACUUGUGAGUUUCCCUGUGUGCAAGCAGAAUAAAAUUGUACACACCUGUUUGUAGGAAAGGUGGGCCCCAGCUCUUCCUUUGGGGCAGUCACUCUUCUAUUCUUUCUGUUAACGGCAGGCCCAGACAAUACAAAGUGGCUUGAAAGAAACGGAAAGCUGAAAAGAUGUAAUCUGUUACCAAAAGGAGGAAGAAGAAAUUUGGAAGCAUUUAAGUCAGGUACUGAAGGGGGAUUUUGUAUCUAAAUUUAUGUCAAACAAAUGGAAAGGGUGGGGUGGCAUGAAAUCCUUUUGAUAUACCGUAGUUAGUGAAGGAAUGUAUAACAUGAUUUAAUAGGAGUUUGCUUUUUCAAUAUUAACACGCUUAAUUAAAAUUCUCCUCUAAAUCUUGUAGAAAGUGAUUUUGAACUUGGUUUGUUUUUAUGAACUUAAAUGUUUUGAAUUUCCGUUAAGACACUGAUGUACAUAUUUUGGAGUAAAUAUUUGCAA